CUCAGUCAUCUCAAAUAUGAGGCUCAACCUUCUGUCAGUGUGCAGGCUCAUCUUGCUUGCUGCCUGCUGUGUGCUGAACACAGACAGCACGUUCGUUCCGGGAAGAUGUUUGUGUCCUGAGACACAAGCUGGCGUGCGAGGCAAACUGCAGGAGCUCGCCGUGUACCCCAAGAACCCCAACUGCGACAAAGUCACUGUUAUAGUGACGCUGAAGAGCACCAAUGAGCCUGUCUGUCUGAGUCCAGAUGCUCCAAUGGGAAAGCAGCUGAUUCGAUGCUGGAACAGAGCAAAAACUCAGGGUCGCAACGUGAAGCUGUGUCUGAGGAGGAGGAGGAGGAGGAGGAGGAGAGGUCAGCGCCAGCGUUCUCGACACCGCGGGAGAGCCUCAAAUAAACCCCAGUAGCAUGCAAAGUUUCUGUGCAAGAGCAGAGAGUGUGUACAUUGGACUUUAGGAUACAAACAGAUAUCAGGGCCGUUUAAAACCAGCAGGGCACGGUGUGAUUUUAUUUUUAAUUUUCCGCAAAGUGUCACACAGCUGUGAUCCGGCUGUCUGUGUUUGAAAUGAGAUUGGUCUUCUUAUGCAUGUUAGCAGUAAGAAACUUUUUUUUAUCUGUCAUGUUCACUAAAAAGCCCUGGAGGCUACAUGUUAACUCCAACAGCUUUAACCAGUCAAUAUUUGUUAUGUGCAAGUGCAAGUGUGUUAUUUAUUUUUUAUAUCACAUAUAGAUACUGUUUUGAAAAUAAACAAAUUCAACAGAA